AUGUCUGGAGGCGGUUUUGAUGAUGAAAAGAAGCGGAAGAAGAAGAAGACAAAGAAGAGUGGCAGCACGACGGAUAAUAAUAACACGACUGGGUUCGUGACGUCCACGGUCUCAAUAUCUAUCCCGUUACAUCCGUCGAAAUUGGGAAACCGGAAAAAAGGCGUCCGGGAACAACUCGACGCGAAAACGCUGAGACAUCACGACGGCUUCGGCGGCGUGCUCGUGAAAUACACGGAUUUGAACAUGAACGAAGAAGGAAAUGGAGAAACUAUUUUACCGAAUUCCGCGUACGUGGAAGUGAAAGCGACGGUCAAAGCGACCGUGUUUGCGCCAAAAGUGAAAGCGGUGUUAAUCGGGAAAGUGAACAAAAUAGGACAGGACCACAUCGGUCUCGUCGUCGGGAAUAUUUUCAACGCGUCGAUUCCAAUCGAGAAUUUUAAGGAGAACAUGAUGUUCGACGAAACGAAAGAAGCGUGGGAGAUUAUCGAAGACGGCACGGAGAUGCUCGAAGAGGAAGAGGAAGAUCUUUCGGACAAGUCAGAGUCGAUGAGCAUGAAGGAGAUUAAAGUAGGCGCGAGAGUGAAGUUUCGAGUGGAGAGGGUGAACAGAGAGGACGAUCGGGUGGUGUUAUUGAUUGGGAGUUUGUUAGGGAAAGGGUGUGGACCAGUAGACCGUGGUAGUACUAGUAAUAGCGAGGAGAGAAGUGACAACGACGAGGAUGAGGAUGUGGAAGCCGACGACGACGCCGGCGACGGCGCCGAAGACGAGGAGGAAGCCGAGCGCGAUAAGAAACGAAACAAGAAAGAGAAGAAAGAAAAGAAGGAGAAGGAGAAGAAAGAGAAGAAAGAGAAGAAAGAGAAGAAGGAGAAGAAAGAGAAAAAGGAGAAGAAGGAAAAGAAAGAGAAGAAGGAGAAGAAGGAGAAGAAAAUUAGAGAAUAG